AUGGCCUACGUGAGACACUUUCGGACUUUAGUUUCGGGAUUUUACUUCUGGGAAGCAGCACUGCUACUCAGUUUGGUUGCAACAAAGGAAACAGAGAGUGCAAGGUCUCGAAGUGCCCCAAUGUCACCCUCUGACUUUUUAGAUAAAUUAAUGGGAAGGACGUCGGGGUAUGAUGCCAGAAUCAGACCCAAUUUUAAAGGCCCUGCAGUUAACGUCACAUGCAACAUAUUCAUAAACAGCUUUGGUUCUAUUGCUGAGACAACCAUGGAUUACAGAGUGAAUAUUUUCCUUCGUCAGAAAUGGAAUGACCCGCGUCUUGCAUAUAGUGAAUACCCUGAUGACUCCUUGGACCUAGAUCCUUCCAUGUUGGAUUCCAUUUGGAAACCUGAUUUGUUCUUUGCCAAUGAAAAGGGAGCCAACUUUCAUGAAGUGACUACAGACAACAAGUUGUUAAGAAUUUUCAAGAAUGGGAAUGUUCUUUAUUCAAUAAGGUUGACAUUAACACUCUCCUGUCCAAUGGAUCUCAAGAAUUUUCCGAUGGAUGUACAAACAUGUAUAAUGCAACUGGAAAGUUUUGGGUACACAAUGAAUGAUCUCAUAUUUGAAUGGCAAGAUGAGGCACCUGUACAAGUGGCAGAAGGACUCACUUUACCCCAGUUUCUGUUGAAAGAAGAGAAAGAUUUACGAUACUGCACUAAACAUUACAACACAGGAAAGUUUACAUGUAUAGAAGUGCGAUUCCAUCUUGAACGACAAAUGGGCUACUAUCUGAUCCAGAUGUACAUUCCAAGCCUCCUGAUUGUCAUUCUCUCCUGGGUUUCCUUCUGGAUCAACAUGGAUGCUGCCCCAGCCCGGGUAGCCUUGGGAAUAACCACUGUGCUGACCAUGACCACACAGAGUUCAGGAUCACGGGCUUCCUUACCAAAGGUCUCAUAUGUCAAAGCUAUUGAUAUCUGGAUGGCAGUGUGCCUCCUUUUUGUGUUUUCAGCACUUCUGGAAUAUGCAGCGGUAAAUUUUGUAUCAAGACAACACAAAGAACUUCUGAGAUUUCGACGAAAGAGAAGGAGUAAGGAUGAUGAGAUAAGGGAAAGCCGGUUCAGCUUCACAGCUUAUGGAAUGGGGCCGUGUCUGCAAAGCAAAGAAGGUGUGACCCCAAAGGGCCCCAACCAUCCUGUCCAAGUAAUGCCGAAGAGCCCAGAUGAGAUGAGGAAGGUCUUUAUCGACCGGGCCAAGAAGAUUGACACCAUGUCCCGAGCCUGCUUCCCAUUAGCCUUUUUGAUUUUUAAUAUUUUCUACUGGGUUAUCUAUAAAAUUCUUAGGCAUGAGGAUAUUCAUCAGCAGCAAGAUUAA